UCGACCGCACGCAUAUGUCAAAACCGACUAAAACUUAAAAGUCGACAACAAGCCGACAACAAGUCCAACAAGUCCAGAGCGCCGCCAAAAACCUCGUUAAAUUCUAAAACUUUUGCCACUUUGGAGCUUAUUUUUUAACAACGAAACGGACGAUAGAAGAAUGGAGAAAACUCUGCCUGCGGGAGCCCCUCCAAAGUGGUUGGGAAGUCGAGGUGAAGAGUUAAAGAACAUUGUUUCUUUGCUGGGAGAGGGAUUCGUGAAAUGCCGAGCGAAUUUGUACAACGCCGAAACAAACCCAGACGGAUGUAUAAAUCUUGGUACAGCUGAAAAUCGACUCGUUUUUGAACUUCUUAAGAAACAGAUAAACAAGUUAAAUGUCCAUUGGGAGGACUAUAUGUUUACCUACAACGAUAUGAGCGGGCGUCCGGACUUGAAAAAAGCUGUUGCUCAGUUUCUUAGCGACCAGACUAAGACACCUUUGCCUGUAGACCCUUCAAAGUUGUGUGUUUUCAACGGAGGUGGGCCAUGCAUUGAGGCCUUGAUCUUUGCCAUAUGUGAUCCGGGAGAUGGUGUCAUGGUCGCUACCCCGUACUACGGAGGAAUAAACUUUGACGUCCAAGCCCGGGCCAGAGCCAAGGUUAUACCCGUGCAUUUCUACAGCAAGUUGGAAGCAGGACAGACGAAGCCAUUUCAAAUCUCAAUUUCUAAGAUGGAGUCUGCGUAUCAAGAGAAUGUAAAAAAGGGAGUCAAAAUACGAGCUGUGUUCUUCAUGAACCCCAACAACCCCCUUGGAGAUGUUUGCACAAAACAAGAAGUCUUAGACCUUCUCAACUUCUGUCACAGGCAUUCCUUGCAUCUGAUCAUGAAUGAGGUUUACAUGAACACUAUCUUCAAGGAGGGAGUUGAACAUCAUAGUGUCUUGAGCUUAAAGCCAGAGGAGAUCCCGGACCCUCAGAGAGUUCAUUUUGUCUGGUCCGCUAGCAAGGAUCUCUCCAUGUCUGGAAUGAGAUUUGGAGUACUCCAUUCCUGGAACCAAGACGUACUCGACUGCGCAGUGAUGUCGGCAAACUUCCACACCAUACCAGUGUUCGUCCAAACAUUAAUGCAGCAGUUGCUUAGCGAUAAAGAUUGGCUCCGUGACGUCUAUUUUCCAGAAAAUAACAAAAGACUUUUAGAAGCGCACAAUGCUACCAAAGAUGCACUUGAUGCAAUUGGCUUGCCAUACCUGGACAGACCGUCAGGUCUGUACAUCUACGUUGAUUUCAGAGAGUUCAUGUCAUCUAUCACUCCGGAAGCUGAAUUAGCGCUUUUCCAUCGAUUCAUCGAGGAAGGGAUAUAUUUAGCGCCCUCACAGGCCUUCUUCAGUGACGAAUGUGGAUGGUUCCGCAUUGUGUUUUCUAGACCAUCGAUAGAAACAAAACUAGCAAUGGAUCGACUGGGCAAAGUUUGCAAACAACUUCUUGAAGAGAAAUCUAACGUAGCUUCAGGUGGAGAUGCAGAAGCGACAAAUACACUUCUUGGCGAGGUGGAACAUUUAACUGUGGCAGAAGGAAGCACAUUAGAGAACCUUCUGUCGCAGCUCAAAACUGGAAUCCAGAACUCUGAUUGGCUGAAGACGAAUACAGCCGACCAAUGGAAAGAUGAGAACCCUGAAGCAUACAAAGCGUACAUGGAGAACUUCAAGUAGAUGUGAGUGCAUGCGACUGUUACGAAGAAUUUUUACACACAAAUGAACGAUUAUGGUGAAAAUUAAUUUUAUUAUUGAUGUCAACAACUACAAUCAAGCCCUAUUUUGGGGGCUCGGCUUACUGACAAAUUCUGUGCUUACAGUCACCAUUCUCUGCAAGGGCCAAGUUUCUGUGUAGCUGUGUAAUUGAAGAAUGGUAGGCACUGCACAAGCAAAAAAUCCCUGCUUACUUGUUAGAUAUGCUUGACGUUAGUGCAGAAUUCCCUGCUUCUGUUUACAGUAAGCAGAGCCAUGAAAUUGGGUUUUGUUGACUUUGGACUACAAAAUGUCAGUAUUGUACAAGAAAGUUACUCCAAAGUAAUUGUUUGGCGAAAGGAAACAUUCUUACUAUGUGAAGAAUCUGUGGAUAUUUAUUUUUUAUUUUAUUUUUUUCCAAUUAAUUUUCCAUUUAUUUAAUUCUGUCUAAACCAAAGACAACAACAGAGUGAGACAUUAAUAACAUACACUGAGCUUGAAUUCAAUAUGGCAUGAAAUCCUUAAAGGGAGAGUACACGUUUGGUAAUUGUCAAAGACAAGUCUUCUCACUUGGUGUAUCCCAUCAUAAGUAUAAAAUAACAAGCCU